CAUUUUGAAACGUGCCAUAUCACAUUCGGAUAGUAACUGUUGAAUCUCAAAUACAUAUUUAAGAUAUAAAUGGUGGUUAUAUCUUAAAUCUGUAUUUGGGUGAACAUCCUGAUAAAAUGUAUAUGAUGAAUCUUUAGCACAAGUGUUCAUUUCAUCUUCCAUAAGAGGAUAAUACCUAGAUAUCGACCUCUUCUAUUUUGGGCGCUAUAUUCUUCACAAGGUAAGGACAAAAAUGGAGGUUACAUUAGAAACGUCUGACUCUCAUGACGACGACAACACGGAUGAGGAUAAUCCCAUAACACCUACAUGGAGAUUCAACGUCUUUCUGGACCAAAUCGGCCAAGAUAUCAUGGACGGAGAUCUAGCUAGAAUGAAAUCUCUCUGUGUGGGGGGUGUUUUCGGUCAAUCAGCGUUAAGCAAAGCAACAACUCCAGUGUUGUUUUUCAAGUUGCUCAGGGACAUGGAUUUUCUAAACAUUGACAAUCUUACACAUCUACAAGCAAUGUUAUGGCAUAUUGGAAGGAAGGAUCUCCAUGAAAGAAUGGUAGAAUUCGCUCGGGAGUGCCGGAAGAUACCGUUACAUUUCUUUUCACCAAAAGAAAAACCAGCAAACGGGUAUACGCAUGUGAAAUUCCAUGUUCGAGGCCCUAAUGUCAGCAGACAACAGAUGGAACAUAUUCGAGCAGACGUGGCAAACCUGUUGUGUGUCAAAAGCCAAGACGUCCUUCUGGUCGGCUACAGUCCAUCUAACAGUAGAAUACUUACCUUCAUGGUCCCUGAAGCUGCUGUCGGUGUUCUUAAAACCUUAACAAAAGAGGACAAGGAGAUGUUUGCAACGAUGAAGGUGGAUAGCAUCAUGAUAGGUGACGUCACCAUACCAAUAGAAGGAAGACAGGUUCAGAUGUCAACAUCAGAUUCUGAGAGAAAAGCAUUUACUAAAAUCGUGCAAGAGAGAGACAAGCUCAAAUCGCAUCUCGAUAGGAUCCAAUGCCGUCUGGUGGAGCGCAACGAUGAACUCCGGAAAGCAAAGGAAAACGAAGACUUAAUGCGAAGGAGUAAAGACCAAGCUGUGAUAACCUGUUUAACACUACUGUACAACCACCGCCCAGUUACACGUAUAAUCGAUUCCUUAGUGAGCAAGAGCGCCUUGGUGUACUUCAAACACUGUCUGCAGCAGUUCCAGGCAAAGUUUCCAGGAGAAAUGGAUACCAUCGAGAUACUGCUGGAAGCUAAGAGAAUAGCUGUGUGCAAGACCGAAAGAGAUAUUUGGAAUCAAUAUGAACACCAGCGAAACUUGGUAAUUGCUUUGCAGGUGAAUCAGCUUCAAAUGCAGCAAACCGUAAUGAUGGCUAAUAGCCAUGGAAUACAUAUCUCGCGUCCACCAUUUGCUGCAAUGCCGGUUCAAGAGAUGUCAGAAGCAAUUACAGUCGGUGUUGGUGUCCCAGCAAGUGCAGCACAGCCAAAUGUGAUGCCAUUUGGCUUACAGUCACUGAUAUCAGCCGAAGCAAUGAUAAUAAUACAAGCAAUGGAGGAGAUAUCAAAAAUUGUCAACAAACAACAAAAGGAGUUUAUUUUAGGGCGUUUGGAGAUUGAAGACUCUAAGAAAAAGAAUUUUCUGGAGCCCAAUGAACAAUUUCUCUGGAAGUUGUUUCAAAUGAAGCCACGAAAUGAGAAUGCAUUGACCUUCAUGUUGGAGACAAUACGCCUUCUGGACGAUCGGACUCUGGAAGCUAAGGUAUUGCAAAAAAACAAGGAAGUCCAAGAGGCAUGUGAUGAGUCUGCGGCAGCAGGUCGACAGCCUUCGAUGACCCCGCAGGUCAAAUUCAACAAGGGGUUACCAAAACGUCCAGUAGAUCCAAGCGUACUAAAACGCCUACAGAGUGACCCAGUCAAGCUAAUGGAAUGCUUAGCUUUGCUACAAGGUUUAGCAGACAAUGUUGAGGUGUAACAAGUGAUCUUCUACCAAAGUUCAGUACAUCACAGCUGAUCAAAACAUUGUGCACUACGUAGUAACUGCAGAAGACAUUUCAGAUCUUCGUUUUUGAAAAAAAAAAAAGGUACAUAGGGGAUAUUUGAUGUGUUUCGGUUAUAUACCACAUACAUUUUAACCAGUGUGACAAAAUACUAAGGUGAUAUCUUUUGUACUGUACUUUGCAAUUGUUAUAAACUCUCCGAAUUCUGCUAUUCUCAAGAUAUGCAUAAUGUUUAUUUUGGUACUCAACGUCUCUAAAUGUCUCUAUAACGUCAAAAUGUUUUACUAGUUGUGUAAUCUAAUGUGCCAUUUCAAAAACCGUUCCGCUCGACAGUAAGGCUAAAAGCCAGUCUGAACAGUUAUUUCUUACAAUAGCAAUUUUCAUUCCAUUGACAUGCUGUAUCAAAACUUAUCAAUGUGUACCAUGUUUUCACCAUUUUGAUUCAUGUAACCUUUUCUUACCUUUAAUGAGAGAUCUUUACAAAAGACAAGCAGGUUAUUACAACUUUUCCAUUCAGAUUUAGAGUUAGAGAAUAUGAAAAAAUGAGCAGUAUGUCAUUCAAAAUAAUAAAAAAUAAAAUUAAGAAAAAUUCUAUUAUAAAACUGCAAGCAGAAGAUAAUAUGUUUUCAUAUGUCGCAAACAAUCACAAUAAAUUCGAUCGGAACUUAUUAUAAAAAUGAAAUAAAAUGCUGGUGAACUAAUUGUAAAAAAUAACAUCUGUAUAUUGUAACACUUAUUAUUGAUAUGGCACGAAAUACCUAUGGUAUGAAAUAUUUUUUGUGAUGGUACGAAAUAGUUUUUGUGAUGGUACGAAAUAGUUUUUUUGAUGGUACGAAAUAGUUUUUGUGAUGGUACGAAAUAGUUUUUGUGAUGGUACGAAAUAGUUUUGUGAUGGUACAAAAUAGUUUUUGUGAUGGUACGACAAUGCUUAUGGUACAAAAUGGCUGUUUACCUUAUCAAAUUUUGUCAACAUUUGUUUACUAACUUGUAUCGGUAUAAGUAUCUUGAAGUGAUUUAUCACACUGAAAAAGACAAAUGAAACUGAAAAUAGAGAAAAUGUCCAAAAAUAGUUCACCCCUCUUACCCUCUUACGUGCUGCCAAUUAAGUGCUUGUAAAUUUAGUAUAGGCCUAACGCACGAGUUUUGUUAUGGUCUCAUCGUGAAGGAAUGACCGAGAUUUUUUUUAUACAUCGAUAACCCCGA